AUUUCUUAUUGAUUAGAAUAAUAAAGAACAUAAAAAAACCCCAAUUUUGAUCCCGUGAACAUUUAUGAUUAUAAAAUUCUUUAAAAUUUUGUAAUUGAAUUUAAAAAAACCAUUUUUAUUUUUAUUUGAUAUCAAAAAGUCACGUACCGUAAGAUAGGAUAAACGAAAAGUUCAAAGAAAAAGUCUUAAUAAACAUAUAAAGCUUCUUUUUCCCUCGUACUUUCUCUUUUUAAAAAGAUAUCAUUCAUCAUGCCUGAUUCAAAUGGAGAAACAACUACAUUAGAAUUCUUUAUAGGAUUCUUAGUAUCAGUAUUUGCUUCAAUAAUGUACGCAGCAGGACUGAAUUUAUUAAAAGCGGAUCAUGUAGCAAACGAAAAAUUACCCAAAGAAAACCAACGUGUUGAUUGUAGUAGACCAAAAUGGCAUCUAGGUUUAUACUUAUAUGUCGUUAGUCAGGCCGUUGGAAGUACAGUAGCAUUAAAUUAUUUAAAGACUCAAUGGGUAGCGCCACUUGGGUCUAUAUCAUUGAUAUUUAAUUUCAUUUUCGCUAAAUUACUUGUUGGAACAGAAAUUACAAAUAAGGAUGUUAUAGGAACAUUUAUUGUAUUAAUAUCAGUAUGCUGGAUUGUUUUCUCUGGAGGUCAGAGUAACAGCCAUGAGGAAUCAUCAUUAACAAUGAAUUCUUUAAAGUCACUAAUAAUACGACCAGUAUUCAUUAUAUUUUUCUCAAUAUUAAAUUUUAUAACAUUGAUAUUGCUUUUUGGAGGAAUAUAUUGUAAAUGGAUCCUAUUAAAUGAAAAACGUAAGGAACGCAGUGGAUGUUUUAAAAACAUUGGAACACCAAACUUAAAGAAAUUGACUGGUAUCGAUAUAGCAAUAGUUGCUGGAUUAUUUGCCAGUCAAACUCUUCUCUUGGCUAAAUCUGGGGUGAAAUUGGCUUAUGUUUCAAUAAAAACUCAAGUCAAUCAAUUUACUGACCUGAUUGGAUGGUUUGUUCUUAUAUUUCUUAUAAUAACUGCGAUUCUUCAGAUUGUCUGUUUAAAUGAAGCGGUUAAACUUUGUGAUUCAGUACUAGUAAUGCCAAUAUUCCUUGGCUUAUAUACUACAAUGGGCUUGAUAAAUACCAUGAUUUACCUUGAUGAAUUUUCAUCAUAUCCAGUAUGGGCAUUAGUAUCAGUAUUCGUUGGUAUAAUAGGUCUCACUUAUGGAGUGGUAUUAUUAUCUCAUAUAAAAGAUGAUGUAUCGACUUCAGAUAUUGAAGAUGAAGAUUUAAAUUCGAUUCAUAAAGAUGAUGAUGAUAAAUCAUUUAGUGGUCUUAGUUCAACAUGGAGUAGUGAUACCUUGUUUGAUAAAAAGAAGAAUGCGAAAAAUAAAAGAUGGAGUGGUGGUAUUAAAGAUUUCUUUAAAAAAGAUAAUAAUAAUAAUAUAUCAAAAAUGAAAAAUCAUAAAGGAAGAAGAGGAAAAUUUGAAAAACUAGAGUUAAAUGAUGAUUAUGAAGAAAAGAAUUCUAGUAGUAUAUUUGUAGGAUUUAAAGGGUUUAAAGGGUUUAAAGGAUUUUAUCAUAAUGGAUCCGUUAAAAGUGAUGGUUAUAAUAGUGAAUAUAAUAGUUAUUAUAGUAGUGAAAAUAAUAGUAACUUUAGUAUUGGUGAUAAUAGUGAUAAUAAUAGUGAUAUAGAUCUUAAUAUCAAUAAUCCAAUUAUGGUGAAAGAAUGGAGUGGAGAUUUAGGUAGUAUAAUUAAUCUAGAUAAACUUAUUACUGAAAGUGCAAUUGGAAAGAGAAUUAUCGCGGAAAAUAUGGAGAAAGAAGGUGGAUUGGCUGUAUAAAAACUCAUAAAAAUCAUGUAAAAAAAGAACAGUUUAACUAUAUACUAAAUUAUCACAUGCAUAUUAUAAAUAAUACAAUUUUUAAAACACAAUCGUGAAUCAUAAAUGCAAUAAAAUGUUCAAUAAUAGGUAUAAUAGUAAUAUUUUAUUAAAAUAAUAUCUUUCUAAAUUAAUAUAGUAUAUAAUUAUUUAUUAG